UCGACCUCCAUUCGUAGGAAAAUCGCCAGCUGCGAAAGUACACAAAUUUUUAGUAGACGGGAAAAUUUGCUGAUUUGCGUUUCCUGUGGAGCUUUGCUAAUUCAUCUGUCGUAUCCUGGUACCUGCAUCCGAACGAAGGGUCGCAGGUAAAAAAAAAAGUGUGCAAACUUGCGAUUUACGUUGUUAGGUGUGCAACAAAUUUGUUUCGUAAAAGAACACGUUUUUUUGGAGUGAAAUCCAAAUUGGAGACGGCUGUCUGUCUGGUGUUUCGGAAAAUUUUGUUUUGAUUAGUUUCGGAGUGAAAAAAGUAAUGAGUCGAAACAAUGGACGCCGCGGACGUGGGAGAGGAGGUGCCAACCGAGGCCGCAACCGUCAGAAUGUAGUAGCGCCACCGGAGGUGCUUGACUUCGGAAUGUCCGAUCCAUCGAGUGACAGUGAAGAUGACAUCGAUCUUUUUACCGGCUUAGCACUGAUUGAAGCGUUGAACAAAAUGCGAGGCCGUCCGGGGCGAUCUUCCCGCUUUGGUGUGGGCCCUGAUCCGGGAAGUGGAUCUGACGAAAGAAUUGUCUACACCGAGGAUGACAUUCCGAUUAACACGAUUUAUGCUAGUUUCUCGAUGUGCCCGGAAUCGGCCACAGAAGCCACCGUCCGAACGCUGUUUGAACAGUUAGGACCGAUCAAAAGUGUCCGGAUUCACACCAAUCAGAACAAUAACAUGUACGAUGAUGGGGAAGUGGCUAGCGGUGGCGGUGGAAGACGAGGUAGAAGCCGAUACAAUCGGAACGAAAGAGUCAACCGCUAUGGGUUUAUUUCGUACGAACGCUGCGAGGAUGCUGCCAAAUGCUUACAAAAGAAAUUUUUGUUCAAGAAUAAAUGCUACGUGGCUCCCGCGGACAGUUGGCACCAGGAGGCAUACCACAACAAAUUAAAGGAGGCAGAAGAAGGGGCAAGAGAAGGUGUCGAUUCAUCGAAGAAUUCUGACGCCGCCGCUAGUUCUGCGUCGGGAUGUGCCGAAGGUGCAUCGGUAGCACCAAAAGCUUCCAAGGCAGAUCCCAACACCAGCGCAAUCAGUAAAACGAAAAUCAGUGACGUCAACGGAUCGGAACCAGGCAGUAUGAACAUCCUGCAGUUGAACGACGAUUGUUUGAUGUUGAUUUGUGAUUAUCUGGAGCUGAUGGAUCUGCUAGCUUUGAAGAAAACCUGUUCAAGGUUCGAAACUAUUUCAUGCGAAGUGUUCAAGCGGUACAAGAUGUUGGACUUCGAUAUAGAUCCUUGCGAAAAGAAGUACCUAACAAUGAUGGAUGCCAAAAAUAUCUUAAUGGAGAUCGGUUCCUACAUCGAGUUCCUGUUGAUUUCCAGGGACCGUUUCCUGAGGCCCGGGGUGAGGAUUCUUAACCUGAUUCCGCGAUAUUGUCCGAACCUGAAAGACCUGAAUAUCAAUGACUUCAUGCUGAAGGCCAAGACUCUGAAGGGUUUUGAUGAGGUAUUCAAAUCGUUGGAAGGGCUGACGCUGACGGCUUGCGGUAUCGAUGAUACCAUCUUGAAAAGCUUGAAACUUGCAACCAAGCUACAGCGAUUGAAUCUGUCGAUGAACAGCGAAAUCACCGGUAAAUGUUUGGCCUCCGUGAAGAACUUGAAGUAUUUGAACCUAGAAAGCUGCCAGAACAUACAGGGAAAACCAUUUUCUACCUUUGCCGCGCAAAAUAAAACAUUGGAAUACCUGAACAUCACCUGUUGCGGCCGACUGACAACGGAAGCAAUCAAGUCCAUCGUGAACAACAUGACUGAACUGAGGCACCUGGUGUGCAACAACAACUAUGAUAACGUGGACGCCGCUAGCAUGGCGCUCCUUGGCAAGCUGCCCAAUUUGAAGAAGCUCCAAUUCAAGAUCAACGGCUACUCACCGAUCGAUCAGAUUUUGCAGGGUCUCACAGAGGUGAACAAGCUGGAACAUCUGGACCUGUCGGAAGGAGUCUUCACCGCAGUCGAUUACACUCUGCUCAGUGACCUCACACAUCUGAAAGAACUGAAACUAAACUACAAACUUGACUUGGGUGACGACCAAUUGGCGAAACUGUGCAGCAAGGGGAAUUUUGUCGAACUGCACAUUGCCGGUUGUACGAAGCUCACCGACAAGCAGCUGAUCGAGUUCAUUCGGAAAAACCCACAGCUGAAGCUGCUGGACAUUUCCUACUGCCAGAUAACGGAGGGACUGAUCUUCUCGGCGAUCGAUAUCCUGAGAGAGCAGGCCGUCGGGUGUCGGGAAGGAAGUCGCCAACUCAAGAUGAUGGUCGGACAAACCAGCAUCUGCCCGGUGAUAUUGAAUAAUACCCUGGUCAAGGCCAACCGGCACCUUUUAGAUGUAUCGUUCGACCAUACGGAGGGCUUCUACGGCGGCAUGGACUCCGACGAUAUGUACGAUGACGUCAUGGACGAUGAUGAUGAAGACUUCAUGGGCUAUGAUUACGGAGAUGACGAUUCCCUGCUGUGGGGUCUGGAUUACGAUUCGGAUCUGGGUAAUUUUGCAGAAAUGUGCCAGUACUUUUACGACAGCGACGAUGACGACCGGUAUAUGUACUAUAUGUAAGCGGCUAGAAGCACAAAGGCGUUCCUAUCUGCUGUGCGAAAAGGGAACAACUCGUUGCGAAGCAUAAAGAUGCACUCUACGAACUGAGAGAGAGAGAUAGAAAGAUUACAAUCAUUCUAACCAAUCGAAAUCCUGGAGUCUUCUAAAAAAAUAGUAGUAGUUGAAAACUGAAAUCAAUCGUUGUAGGAAACGGGUUGUUUUCGAUAGGUUAUUAGCUGCAGCUUAAGAAUGUUCCCUGCUAUCUGGAAAGGUACCCUCCGUAAUGUGUGAAUCCCGAAUAAAUUUGUAUGUUACUCGCAAAACUUA